UUUGCAAUCUCUGUUACCUGAAAAAAUGAAAAUCCAAAUGCUUCUAUUUGCCUUCUGUUCCCCACCAAAAGAAGCAACAACAAACCUCCAUUACAUUAAUAACUUUCCCAAAUCAGGAAAAGAGGGAAAAAAGAAGAAAAGAGGAAAGAAACUCCACUGUUUUCCACAUGUCCUGACAGCAGCACCUGUUAUACAACCGUCUCUGUGAGGAGAGCUGGCUCAUAGCAAAACACCCAUCCACAGCCCUGGUGGUUGGCACAGUUUGGUCACCUGUGUGGGGAAGAGAAGGAAACCUCACAGAGGGGAUCUCCUCCGCAGGCACCCUCUCCAGUUUGGUAGCAAAAGGCCACAAAAAUUCGGUGUUUUUUUUUGUUUUGUUUUGUUUGUUUGUUUGUUUUUGGAGUGAGGGUCAAAUCCUGCCUCCUCCAGGUCCCACGCUGGGUGGGGAAGGGGUGCUGCCACCCCUCACCUCAGGGCCCUGAGGCUCCUCAAGCCGGAAGGGACGCGGCAGCGGCAGGCCUGUAGGCCUCGACCCAGGGUGGCAAGGAGGGACAGCGUCUGCUUCAACCACCUGCUCCCUGCUGGCCCCUCCUGCCCCUCUGCUGCAUGGCUGUCCGAGUCUUUUGCAAUGCCUGCUUCUGCGAGCCCCGCAAGGCCACCCCACGGUUCCUCUUCACCAGCUGCGGCCAUGUUAUCUGUGAGCUCUGCUUCCAGAAAGGCAAAAAAGAUGAAUGUUUGAUCUGCAGAACUCCUUGUCGUACAAUAUUCCUUUCAAAAGAGACAAAUCCUGAUAUUCAGUCACUGUUCAUGGGAAUAGAUACAUUAUGCAAGAAAUAUUCAAAAGAAAUAACACAGAUUUCAGAAUUUCAAGAAAAAAAUCGUGAACAUUUAUUAGCAUACCACAGAAAAAAGAGAAUAAAGCUGGAAGAAUCUCUCAGGAAAGCAACACAACAAAUGCAUCAGAUACAAUGUAUGAAACCUCCUCAACAAACUACUCCACUGCCAUUUUCCAGUACAAGUAGAAACCCACUUUCAGUUCCUUCAAGAAGACCGAAUGGCUACUCUUCAUGUUCUCUUCAACCUAGUCAUCCUUCCACUUCUGAAACAAUGGAGUCAAUGGAGAUUGAUCCUUUACCUUCGCCAAUGAGGAAGCCUGAGACAGGGAGUGGUCCAAUAAGAUUAUCGUUAAUAACUCCACCUCAGGAUGGACGUAUGGGUAGUGUAUCCUACAGAAGUUCUCAGUCAGCUGGAAUAGCAUCAAGUCAAAAUAAAGCAGGAUCUACAAGAUCCACGCCUAUAAGCCUACCACAUAAUGGAUAUUCACUUAUAUCACCAUCUGGAUCACAAUGCAGUAGAAGGGGAUUGUGGACUGCUUCUGAUUUCAGAACCCCUCCAUUGUAUCCACUUACAUCACCUUCCCCACAAUCAUCUGUAACAAGACAUCCUAUCACCAUCUCUGGAAUUCUACAAAGACAACACUUAGGAUCAGCUAAUUUUGGAGGACAUACAUCAGAAAGAUAAGCAAACAUCUGUGAUUUGUUUUGUUCGAUAAGCGUCUGGAAAAACUGUGUACAGUCAUUGGAUAUCAAAGUAUUUGUAAUUUCUAUAAAAUAUCAAACUGGCAUAAAAUAGCUAACUAUCCAGUAUGAAUAAUGUAUUUAAAACAUUGCUGGUCUUGCUGAUUACCAUCUACAGUAACAUUAAGCAAGAAUACAAAAAGCUUUGGCUUUUUUUAGAAAUUUUGGUUUAAAAAUAUUGUAAAA